GAGCAAUCAGAAUUAUUGUCAUUUUUGACUGAAGGAUUAAACUGCUUGCAAGUUUGAGUCAUCAUGUCUUCAACAAAUGAUUCUAGGAAAGUGAUUACUGAAUUUGUUGUUGCUGGAUUUGACAAUGUAGAAAGACCACUGACUGUUGGAGUGGUCAUGCUGGUAUUGUACACACUUGCUAUGAUUGCUAACACUGCAAACAUAUGCUUUAUUAUCGUGGAUAAACGUCUGCACCAACCAAUGUACAUUUUUAUCUGCCACUUAGCAAUUGUAGACAUGGUCUUCUGUACAAGUUCUUGUCCAACUAUGAUAGGUAUUCUUCUUGUUGGCUCUAAAACCAUAUUCUAUAAACCAUGCAUAGUACAGAUGUUUGUCUUCCAUUUAGGUUCAGUCAUGGAGAUGUUUGCUAUUGCUGUCAUAGCCUUUGAUCGUUUUUUUGCUAUAGGCAGUCCUUUACGGUAUCCUUCUGUUAUGACAAAUUUCCGAUGUGCUUUGAUGACUAUUUUACUCUGGUUGGUGGGAGCCUCAGUUUUGUCCAUUUUGCCUGCUUCUCUUGUACCUCUACCAGUUUGUUACUCUAUUCUGAAGUACAUGUUUUGUGACUAUGCAGCUAUUAUAAGGACAACAUGUGUAGAUCCAGAGCCAUAUUUUAAUAAUAUAUCUAUUAUAUUAACUUGCAUAAUGUGUGGAACAUUUGGUUUCAUCUGUUUGUCAUACAUAAAGAUAGUUAUUGUUGUUGUGAAAAUGUCCAUAAAAAGUGACAAGAAAAAGGCAAUACAUACUUGCCUUAGUCAUGUUAUAGUCAUAGUCUGCUUCUAUGCCCCCACUUUCAUACGAGUAGUCCUGACCAGGAUUGAGCAAUAAUUGUCCCAUCUUUAGUAAAUCCUUUUGUCUACUGUUUUAGAACUGAGGAGAUUAGAAAGAAAUUAUUUAAAAUAUUUUUUAAAAAUUUAACCAGCUGAAGGAAGAAAAAAUAAAUUUAAACACCUUGGAAACACAAAUUUUGAGUGUUUGCUUUUUCUUCUGCAUCAGAUAUAUCAGCUAUAUCUGACAUGAAUUCCACAAUGCCACAAGUCCAUUUUUACUUUUGUAUACAUUUACAAAUAAACAGCCCAUUUGGGCCAACCUUUGAAUAGUACAAUAAGAAAUAAGAAAACAAUUCUUCCAUCUGCAGAUGUACACAGGAUUGGUGGAAAAAAAAAUAUUAUUAUUUAGUUCUGGGAAAUCAGACUACAAUCGUAUAUUGUUAAACUGUGUUUAUAGUGUAUCUUAGCUUUUGGGGAGAAAUAGUUU